CCAGAGCGCCCGAUUCCGGAAGGGGCUGCCCAGUGGUGGCGGCGGUUUCUCGCUUGGGGGCUAGUGUUUCUUUUCUGCGGGAGUGGCGAGAUACCCGGCAGCAUCAUGGUCGAGGAGGUACAGAAACAUUCUGUGCACACACUUGUAUUCAGGUCACUGAAGAGAACCCAUGACAUGUUUGUAGCUGAUAAUGGAAAACCUGUGCCUUUGGAUGAAGAGAGCUUCCCGCUGCUCUCAGAGCCUUGCUGAGCUGAAAUUGUACCUGGCCAGUACCUCUACUCCCAUCUUUUCUCUCACAAACGAAAAAUGGCAAUCAAGCUGCGUAAUGAAUAUGGUCCUGUGUUGCAUAUGCCUUCCUCAAAAGAAAAUUUUAAAGAGAAGGGCCCUCAGAAUGCAUCGGAUUCAUAUGGUCAUAAACAAUAUCCUGCCAAUCAAGGACAAGAAGUUGAAUAUUUGGUGACAGGUACACAUCCGUAUCCACCAGGACCUGGAGUUGCUUUGACAGCAGAUACUAAGAUCCAAAGAAUGCCAAGUGAGUCAGCUGCACAGUCCUUAGCUGUGGCGUUACCACCUUCUCAGGCCAGAGUUGAUGCAAAUCGUAGUGUACCUGCUGGAGGUGAAUUCCGACAUUCUGGGGCUUCCGAGCGUUCGCAGCCUGCAGGAAUGACUUCGGUGGUUAUGGAGGGUGGUAAUGCCAAGAACUCUGCACUGAUGGCUAAAAAAGCCCCGACAAUGCCGAAACCUCAGUGGCACCCACCGUGGAAGCUCUACAGGGUCAUCAGUGGACAUCUUGGCUGGGUUCGAUGUAUUGCUGUGGAACCUGGAAAUCAGUGGUUUGUUACGGGAUCUGCUGACAGAACUAUAAAGAUUUGGGACUUGGCUAGUGGCAAGUUAAAGCUGUCGUUAACUGGGCACAUCAGUACAGUGCGUGGUGUGAUAGUGAGCACGAGGAGCCCCUACCUGUUCUCCUGUGGAGAAGACAAACAAGUCAAAUGCUGGGAUCUUGAAUAUAACAAAGUUAUAAGGCACUAUCAUGGACAUCUAAGUGCAGUGUAUGGUUUGGAUUUGCACCCGACAAUCGAUGUGCUGGUCACCUGUAGUCGAGAUUCAACUGCACGGAUUUGGGAUGUGAGAACUAAAGCCAGUGUACACACAUUAUCUGGACAUACAAAUGCAGUUGCGACAGUGAGGUGUCAAGCUGCAGAACCUCAGAUUAUUACUGGAAGCCAUGACACUACAAUACGAUUAUGGGAUUUGGUGGCUGGAAAAACAAGAGUCACAUUAACAAAUCACAAAAAAUCAGUCAGGGCUGUUGUUUUACAUCCAAGACAUUACACAUUUGCAUCUGGUUCUCCAGAUAACAUAAAACAGUGGAAAUUCCCUGAUGGAAGUUUCAUUCAAAAUCUUUCUGGUCAUAAUGCUAUUAUUAACACAUUGACAGUAAAUUCUGAUGGAGUGCUUGUAUCUGGAGCUGACAAUGGCACUAUGCAUCUUUGGGACUGGAGAACUGGCUACAAUUUCCAGAGAGUUCAUGCAGCUGUGCAGCCUGGGUCUUUGGACAGUGAAUCAGGAAUAUUUGCUUGUGCUUUUGACCAGUCUGAAAGUCGGUUACUAACAGCUGAAGCUGAUAAAACCAUUAAAGUAUACAGAGAGGAUGAUACAGCGACAGAAGAAACUCAUCCAGUCAGCUGGAAGCCAGAAAUUAUCAAGAGAAAGAGAUUUUAAUGUGGCAUUGUCUUCAUGGUGGUUCCUUUUUUUUUUUUUUCCUUAGCUUGGCGUUGAUGAGGAUAUCCAGUCAUUUUGUGCUCUGGCUAGGAAUAUAAAGCAGAAACUCACGUGCUUGAAUCAUUGCUGCUUCAUAUUUUACAAUAAACUGCCCCUGCCCGUGUUUUUAUUUCUAAAAUAAACAAUUUGAGAUCUUAGGAAGUAAGAUGCAGUUAUCAAGCAUAUGGAGAUUUGUUGAACAUAACUCUUCUAAAGAUAGAGUAUUUUGUCAGUUUUAUUAAAAGACACAUUUUUUUUUUAACUUACCAAACUGCUUACCAUAAUAGGACAUGUUUUGAGAGGAACAGUGUUUUUUUUUUUUUUUAUUCCUUUAAAAACUAGUGUCUGUGACUGAUAAUUUUGGAUUAAAGGAUUUGAAGUCUUAAUUUAA